CGCCUGCCCGAGCUCCGCCCGCCGCCGCCCCACCUCAUUCCCACCCGGGUGCCGCCGGAGCCGAGGCGGCGAGCAGCCCCGUAAGAGCGCGAUGAGCUCCGAGUGCAGCAGCUACCUCAACGCCGACAAGGUGCUGGUGAGCGGCUUCAGCUGCCCGCGGGUGGGAGGCGAUGCCCGCGCCGUGUACUGCUGCGGCUUCCAGGACGUCAAGUACUGCUGCGAUGACCCCCACAGCUUCUUCCCUUACGAGCACAGCUACAUGUGGUGGCUCAGUAUUGGAGCGCUUGUGGGCCUGUCAAUAGCAGCAGUGGUCCUGUUUGCUUUUAUCAUCACUGUGUGUGUUCUCUGUUAUUUGUUUAUCAGCACAAAGCCGCGCAGCAAACUGGAUACUGGUUUAAGCCUACAGAUGGCAGACAGUGAAACUAGAGGAGGCUCUAUAUGUUAAAAAAUAGUUACUGGAUGGAUUCUACUAAUGCUGUAAGGGAAAAGGUACAGUUCUUCAUCCUUCACAUGGUGGCUACCAGAAUAAGCUGCUGACAGAACCAAGUGGCUUCAAGAGAUACUUCCUCAGCCAGAAGGAUAGACUGUGACCCACAAGAACCUCACCAACUCUUUCAGAGUUUUUUCCUGGCUGCUACAAUUGCAGCUGAUUACAAGAUGCCAACCUGAGGCUGUGCCAGGAUAUCCAUUUCUGUAUGGUUACUGUACUGGGGAGUAUAUUUUAAUUUGCACCAGCUACUGCUGCUAAUUACUUUCAUGCAAAUUGUUGUCUUAUGCUGUGCAAUUUCACUGGUUGAACAGUAGUCAAGCAGAGCAUAAUUUGUACACCCUGUUGACCAAGCUUUGUUUUAAAUUUUCUUUGUGUGUCUUUGCAUCAUUAGUAUGAUCUUUAAUCAAGUGUGAUGGUUUGGUUCACAAACAUGUGAAUGCAGUACCUCAAUAAAAUCUGGCAUUCACUUGUGUUGUAUUUUCUUAAUUUGUUACUUUCCCCACCUUAGUUUCCUCAAAGUUGUCUUAGAUAACUUAAAAUUAUUGUGAUGAGGACAUUUCUUAACAAAAUGAAGUUAAUAAAUAAAAAAAAGUCUGUCAAAGAUCAGGAGGGAAAAAAUGAUUUUGCCAGUUUUGCUGUCUGUUUUCCUUUGAGGAUUCCAACCUUGAGAUUCACAUGAAUAUAUUCUUAAUCUUAAACCAGAAGUCAAAUUCUUUUCAAACAGAAGAGGUGAUUGAAGUUGUUUAAAUUUCAUACUAACUUUUGAACUAUAGGGCUUGUGAUUUUUAAGUUAUAAAGUAGUAAGAUUUUGAACGUUGCAAACAUGAUGAGAGUCCUUAGUGACCACAGGAGUGUUGUCUACAGAUACAGAUAACUAGUUCUUAUGUCUAUGCUUGUCUAUAUAGCACAUGUGUAUGAAAUCUCUGUAGAGAAAGAAUCUACCCGUGUAACUCCUAGGCUGUAAGUCUCUCUCCAAUAUACUAAAAUUUACAUUUUAAGUUA